CCCGCCCUGAGCACUCGCGCUCUCAAGAUGGCGGGCGGCGGCCGUCGUUGAAGCGUCCCGGGCCGCUUUGGCAUUGACGCUCAAACUUUUAGCCAACUCGUUUCCCCUCUCCCACAUUCCCGGUCACCAUGCACUUCUCCAUCCCCGAAACGGAAGUGGUGAGCAGCGAGAAUGGCUCUACGUACGUGGCUUACAGUAUUCAUGUAAAUGGAGUAUUGCACUGUCGCGUUCGAUACAGUCAACUCUAUGGACUACACGAGCAGCUGAGAAAGGAAUAUGGGAACAAUGUGCUUCCUCAUUUUCCUCCUAAAAAGAUAUUCACACUAACCACUGCAGAAGUUGAACAACGUCGCGAACAAUUGGAAAAGUAUAUUCAGAGUGUGCGGCAAGAUUCCUUGCUUGGCAGCAGUGAAGCGUUCAACAGCUUUCUCAGAAAAGCACAGCAGGAAACUCAACAGAUUCCAACACAAGAAGUACAGCUGGAUGUCUAUCUGUCCAAUGGGCAGAAAGUGAAAGUCAAUAUUUUCAGCUCUGAUCAGACUGAAGAUGUGUUAGAGGCAGUUGCAGCAAAACUAGAUCUCCCUGAUGACCUAGUCGGAUACUUCAGCCUUUUCCUUAUUCGAGAAGGAUGUGACGGUGGCUGUUCUUUUGUACGAAAACUGCAGGAGUUUGAACUGCCCUAUAUUUCGGUCACAAGCUUGAAGAAUGCAGAAUACAAAAUAGUGCUACGAAAGAGCUAUUGGGAUUCUGCAUAUGACAACGAUGUUAUGGAAAACAGGAUUGGAUUGAAUCUGUUAUAUGCCCAGACAGUGGCUGAUAUUGAACGGGGUUGGGUCCUUGUCAACAAGGAGCAGCACCGACAGUUAAAAUCACUUCAAGAGAAAGGUUCAAAAAAAGAGUUUAUCGGCCUGGCACAAACACUGAAGUAUUAUGGAUACAUCAAGUUUGAUCCGUGUAUCACUGAUUUUCCAGAGAAAGGUUGCCAUGUAAUAGUCAGCGCUGGCAACAAUGAACUGAAUUUUCAUGUCAAGUUGCCGAACGAACAAAUCAAAGAAGGCAGUUUCAAGGUCACACGCAUGAGGUGCUGGCGUGUCACUUCCUCACAGGUACCACUGGCAAAUGGCACAGCAAGCAGCCCAGGAAAAACUGAGACCAAACUAGAAUUGGCUUUCGAAUAUCUGAUGAGCAAAGACCGACUCCAAUGGGUGACAAUUUCUAGCCCCCAGGCAAUAAUGAUGAGUAUCUCUUUACAAGCAAUGGUGGAUGAGCUCAUGGUAAAGAAAUCAGGUGGCAAUAUAAAGAAGAUGCUGAAGAAGAGAAUAAAUGGUGCGCUGCAUCGAUCAGACAGCCAGCAAGCUGUGAAGUCCCCUCCACUACUGGAUUCACCCGAAUCAAACAAAGAUCCUAUUGUCAAACUCUCGAGUAAACUUUCUUCUGUGAGCAUCCGAGGGAUCAGCACUUCUAAUUCCUCUGGUGACAUCAGUGCUAAUAACCUCCACGGUAACUAUGCCUUUGAGGGAAUUGGUGAUGACGAUUUGUGAAGUCUGUCAAGAGAACAAAUCUACUCGGCUGGGGGAGAAACCAAAAUCUUGCACUUGCAUCUGAUCAGUUUGCACUGAAUCGAAUCGGAAAGAUUGAACCCCGACUGCUAUUAUGAAGAUGCCAUCGUCGGUUGUGAUGCAACCAAGAAUCAAUGUUAGUCAUGAUUUUUAUAAUCAUGAUUAACACCAAAUUAUCGUUUCCUAGAGUAUUUUGCACAAUGAUUCAAAUUUGUUGAAAAUCUAUAAGAUCCUCGUUUACACAAAUAUCAGUUGAAUUUAACAGUAUUUUUUAAAAUGUCUGAAAUCAGUAGUAGCAGUGUGUUCAAAAUGGAGCUAACUUCUAAUGUUAAAUUUAAGGAUAAAUGACAAAAUUAAUGUGUUUACAGAGCAGAGUUUUGUAAAAUAUCCCGUAACCAACCCAUAGCAUCCACUCAUCGUGGAUACAAAGCAUUUUUCUUAGAUAGCUGUCCACCACAUUGAUUAUUUAGGUGUGAAAGCUCAAGUAUCCAGUUGCAGAGAAAACCUCAUUGGUCAUUGUAUGGCAAAAUUACUACACCUAGUUCUCAAUUGCCUUAUUUCAGUGCAAGUUUAAUAUUGUUUUGCUAUUUCUUUAUUGUAUUGCCGUUAUCUAAUGUUAAUGUUUUAUGACUCGUAUUAUCACCUUUCCAUCUAUAUAAAUAUAUUAAGUGUUUCAGCAGAAUACUAUAUCUAUAAACCUAUAAUUUAGUGACCUGGGGCUAUUGUUGCAAGUUAAAUCUGAUUAAUUUCACUUAAUUUUGAUCCAGCACUCAACUUUGAUUGCAGAACAUUGGAGGUUGUUUUAAAAAAAAACUUGUUCAUUCAUGGGGCAGACCAGUAUUGAAAGUAAAUCAUUAGUAAGGGUUAUUUUAAUCCUCCCAAGUGUUUUCCCUAUUAUCGUGCCCUAAUCAUGUUUGUACAAUAUACACAAGGUACAUGGAAAACCAAACUAAUUUGAUCACAAUUUUAGCAGAAUUGUAACAGCUGAAAGGUACUGACCAAAUAUUCAUAUUCACCACAGCCUUGCCACAAGCAAAACUUGUAAUUCUGUUGAAAGAUUGCUUUGUACUUUUGCCAGUGAAAGUCCUAAAGAAGGUUUAAUUAACUUGCCUAAAUAUUAACCAUUUUUUAUAAAUCAAAGGUGCAAAGUGUUUAUUGGCUUUUUGUUUUCUGGUAUUCUGGUCAAAAUUAUUUGUUUUUGAAAUACGUCUGGAUUAGACAUCAUCAUAGACUGCGGCUGAUUAUUUAAAAAAAAUACCCCAAAAAACAAAAAAUACUAAACACUAUGUGAUGUUGUAAUAUGGUCACUUUCUCGGCAUUAUCCUUUUUAAUACUCAAAUAUAAGAAUUGUUUAUGGAGAGCUUGAGUUUAUGCCAUCUUUUGAGUUAACUUUAGCUGGGUGAAAUCUCAGAAAUAUGUCAGGAUAUUUCUGUGGCAAUAAUAUUGUACAAUAGAGUUGUCUCUUAAAGUAAAAAAAACUGCAGACACAAGGAACUACACAUGCUAAUUUACCGAAAAAGACAGUGCUGGAGAAGCUUGAAGGGGAUGGCUGGAUGACCUUUUGGGUCAGGACCCUUCAGAUUGUAGUAGCGGGGAGGAAUUAAUUUCCAUGUUUCUGUCUUUCAUCCUUGGAGAUCUGGUAAAAGAGAAGCAUCUUCCGUGAGGCCCUUCCACUGAAGUUGCAACAAGCAAGUAGAAAAAUGCCGUUUCAAAUUUCUGUCCCCGCCAUUAUCCCAUAAUACUUUAAUCAUCCACAUUUGAUAUCGGCAAUGGAUCGAUGUACUUUCCAAUAGUUAUUAAAAUUACUUAAUUUAGAUUUCCUUGGGUUGUAUUCAAUCUCCAUUGCUGCAAAUCAGGAGAGUAACAAGUUUUACCAAAAAAUUGAGAUCCCUUGUUGUUUAAGUUGGUUCGCAAAUGCAAUAGAUUCUUAAAAUAUUUUUGAACCUUAACGGUUGGCCAUGAAGCUACCUGCUUCCACUUUUGAUAAUAGCGUAUUGUUGUAGUUAUGUUAGUCAUUCCUUUACAAUUGUAAAUAUUACGGAUUUAGUAUUUGAAACAUUCAGUAGUGGAAGUUCAAUGCCUUGUAUAUCCUGUUUUUAUUUCAAUUAAAACAUCUGCAAAUGCUUAAUGUAGCAUUUAUACAUGGGAGUCAGCAAUUUUAAUGCUGUAUUUAAAAUUGCGAUCCUUUGGGACUAAAUUUUGGGUGAUAAAUGGUAGCCUAAUUGUAUAAUUAAUUAACUUUGGAGAUGCAAGAAAGCAUUCCAAUUUGGGUAUGUAGAACCUGAAACAUGUAUAGAGAGUAUAGUUGUGAUUGUUAUUGGUAUGUAUGGAGGGCUUAAGCAAUCAAACGUGUGCUAGGCCCAUAAUUGUAGUCUCUGUAUUUAUGCAUAUAAUGUUGAAAGACAUAUAAUUAACUUUCUUAAAGGAGACCUUUUAAUGAGGUGAAUCUCCAUUAGUUAUUUAAACAAGAUAUUUACAAUUAUCUAACAUGAUUAGACAUGCAUUCAUAUACUUCUAAUAUUCCCUGCAAAGUGCAUGGUUAUUCUGAGGUACUUAAGGAAUGUCCUUUAUUCUGUAUAUUGAAACAUCUGUUUUCAUUGCCAUCUAUAAUAUAUAUAAACUAACUAUUUUUGUACUACAGAACGUACAAUUCUUUAUUUUCAAUUUCCAUAAACCCAAAACAGUUUGGGCAAAAUGCAUUAUGUACAAUGAAAUAUGUCUGCAUUAUAAACAUGAAUAAUUAUCACAUUAUAGCACCUUAAGUCAGUUUGUUUGAAAAAUUUGAUCUAUAUUAUUUAGCUUUGUCUACAUGUAUCCACUGUCAUUUGAGUGUCUCCUUUUUAAAUGUUGCAAGAUUUUUUUAAAUUAAUUAUACAAUGGUUGAACUUAAAUACCAGCAUGUACACCACUGCUCAUUAAGAUUGGUUUGAUGUCAGUGUGAAUCCACACUUGUUAGAAAUUUACUGAAGACAAGGUGCAUCUGAGGGUCCUGCAUUUUUUUCAGAAAUUUACUUUUAUUGUUUUAAAAUCUUUGUUCAUAAAGUAGUUGAAAAAUUGUUACAGUAACCAUUUAAUCUUGUCACUUUAUAAAAAAUAUGAGAUCAUGCAUAACAUUAAAUAUUUCAGGAAUGGAAUAAAUUUGGAAUUACAUUGACAAAUGUUUACUAUUUUGCUGCCUGUGCCUCCCCCUUGUAACUGAGGAGUCUUCAUUACUGUGUUAAACUCUUUCACUACCAAAUAAAUCACCCUACUUUUUUUAAGGGUUCAAAAUCAUACCGCACAUUUUAAAAGCCUCCCCUCUCUAAUCAGGGUCAUCUUGUAUUAACAUCUUGGCAUAAGAUGUUUUGAAGUCUUCUUUCAAAAACUUUUGGAUACAAAGUGCAAGCCAAAUGUUGCAGUUUUGAAGCACUUUACAAGUGACCUUUUUACAGUUUAAACUGACCAUAAUGCUUAAAUUGUAAGGCACUUGUUUAAAAUCCUUGCACGUAUUGGAUAGCCAGUGCUAGGGUGCGUAAUGUUUAAAUGAGUCGGUUGAAAAUUAUGCUGUGAAUUUGCCAAUCAUGUCAUGAGCUUAGUCCAAGAAUCUGUCAUUGUCGCUUUUGCUGUUGAACAUAAAAUUCUUUCCAAUAUCCUCCAUUCUACUUUUUGAUAGAAACAAUGUCCAGUCUUAAAUAAAUAUUAGAAUUGAAAUAUUUUGAUUUCAUCAAAGCAGAUAGGAAAAAGUAAGAAACCAUUUCCAAAGACCUUUACUAUAUUCACGCAGCCUGCAGCUAUAAUCUUAGCUGUGAUAGAAGUUGUACCUGCGAUCGAGAUAUCUUUUGAAGAAUUUUGACUCUUAAUUUGAAUUAAAGACUGGUACACCUUGUUGACAAUAGAUCAAUUGAAAUAUUGUACAUUUGAUAACUGGAAUCAUAUCGAUUAGUGUUUGAAUCUUUCAGUGUUUGCAUGGCCUAUAUAUGAAUUUCUCGUCACUUUUCAUGAUAAGAUUUGAAGUUUCCUAUUUUUGCCAUUUGUUACUCACCUGAUGCCAUUAUAAGAUUUAAUACUUGGAUCAUGUUACACUAAAUGGUAUUGUUCUGCCAUGUUUAACCUUGCUGUCAGACUGACCUUAUGACUUAAGUUGCUUAUUUUCUUCUCAGUACCCUGUAAAUGCACCUUAAUGCAACACUAAUUGCUGAGUGUGUACUAUAGCUUGUUUUCCUGUAUGUAUCUAUACCAGCAGAAAUCUGAUGAGCAGAUUUAAUUUUUAUAUUAAAUAUUAAAAAGCUUGAAAUGUAUAAUAUGCAAAUAAAACUAUUUUCAUAAUG